AUGAGUGCACCCACAACCAAGCUGCCGCCGCCGGGCACCAAAUCAGCCCAAGAAGGACCCUACAAUCUCUGCCAUGCCCGCCAGACCCCAGGGAACAGCACAAGAAACCGUCCAGAUGGUCUUCAAGCUAUUACACUCAAUGAUGUGUUUGGCAAAAAUUUUUAUACUCAGCAAUAUGUUCAUCAGUGGAUAUCAGAGAAUGAAUAUCUGCACAGAAACGACGAAGGAAAUGUUUUCUUAUUUAAUGUUGAGUCCGGUGAGAUUUCAGCCAUUUUGACAAAUGCAACAUUUGAUAAAGUGAAUGCUACAAACUACAAACUGUCUGCCGAUAGAAAAUUUGCAUACCUCGAGAGCAAUUACGCAAAACAAUGGAGAUAUUCUUACAGGGCCUCAUACCACAUUUAUGAUCUUGAAAAAGGAGAAUUUGUGGUAAAUAAUGAACUCCCUUCAAAAAUUCAGUAUAUAUCCUGGUCUCCAGUUGGACAUAAGUUGGUGUACGUUUGGGAAAAUAACAUAUAUUUACGGCAUGAACCCGAACAAGCAUCAGUUAUGUUAACCAGUGAUGGCAAAGAGAAUGAAAUUCUGAAUGGUAUUCCAGAUUGGGCCUAUGAAGAGUUAGUGCUGGGAUCAAAGUAUGCUCUCUGGUGGUCUCCCGGGAAUACCUUUAUUGCCUAUGUCCAGUUUAAUGAUAAAGAGGUACCUGUUAUCGAAUAUUCCUUCUAUGGUGAGAAGCAGUAUCCCCAGACAAUGAAAAUACCCUAUCCAAAGGCAGGAGCAAACAAUCCAACAGUGAAACUGUACAUUGUGAAAAUUGAUGAUUCAAGAUAUCCCAAAGCCGAAGUUCCAGUCCCUUCACUCAUAGCUUCCAGUGGAGAUUACGUCUUCAGCUGGGUGACAUGGAUCCUGGAUGAGAGAGUCAGUGUACAAUGGUUGACUAGAGUUCAGAAUGUCUCCGUUAUCUCAAUUUGUGACCACAGCUCAUACACAUGGAUAUGUCCAAAGGAUCGACAAUAUGUUGAAACAAGCAAUACAGGAUGGAUUGGUGUGUUCUUUGCUGCGCUCCCAUACUUCUCAUCGGACAGUUCAUCAUACUACCAAAUCCUCAGUGACAAGGAUGGAUACAAACAUAUUCAUAACAUCCAGGAUUCUAUGGAGAAUGCUGUUCAAAUAACAAGUGGACAAUGGGAAGUGUCCAAUCUACUCUAUGUUACAGAUAAUGCAAUAUAUUACACAAGUAAUGAAUAUGAAGGUUUUCCAGGAAGCAGAAAUAUAUAUAGAAUUUCACCAAAAGGGCCCAUCAGAGACAAGCAAUGUCUUAGUUGUACUAUACGAAAGGCAAACUGUCAGUAUUAUUACGCCAGAUUUAGUACUAAUGCCAAGUACUAUUCUUUGUAUUGUUAUGGUCCGGGGCUACCUAUAACCACUAUUCAUAAUGGCACCACUAAUAAAGAGCUCAAGGUACUAGAAGACAACAGCAAACUGGGAGAGCGCCUUCGAACAGUACGGAUGCCUGAAAACAAAAUUGAGAAUUUUAAAAGCAAUGGGAUGACAUUCUGGUACAAGAUGACCUUUCCACCACACUUUGAUAAGUCAAAGAAAUACCCUCUCCUGAUUUAUGUGUAUGGAGGGCCCUGCAGCCAGGAAGUGACAACCGCGUUUGCAUUUGGUUGGAGGACAUAUCUCUCAGGCUCAGAGGACAUUAUUGUUGCAUCAGUAGAUGGCAGAGGAACAGCUUACCAAGGGGAUAAGUUUAUGCAUGCUGUAUAUAAAAAGCUGGGAUCACUGGAGGUUGAGGAUCAGAUAUUUGCUGUAAGAAAAUUCAUUGAAAUGGGAUUUAUUGAUGAAAGUCGAAUAGCCAUUUGGGGAUGGUCCUAUGGAGGUUACGUAACAUCUAUGGUUCUUGGUCAAGGGACAGGCCUUUUUAAAUGUGGAAUUGCAGUAGCUCCUGUUUCCAACUGGGAAUAUUAUGCAUCCUUUUAUACAGAGAAGUACAUGGGACUUCCAACAAAAUCUGACAACCUUGAAAAUUAUAAGAAUUCAACUGUGAUGUCCCGAAUAGAGAAUUUCAGGAAAGUAGAUUACCUGCUCAUUCAUGGCACGGCAGAUGAUAACGUGCAUUUUCAACAAUCCGCUCAGAUUUCCAAAGCUCUGGUGGAUGCCCAGGUGGAAUUUGAAGCAAUGUGGUAUACAGACAAGAACCAUGCAAUCUCAGGAUCUGGAACAAAGCAUAUAUACACCCAUAUGACUCGUUUCUUGAAAAGAUGUUUUUCUCUGCCUUGAAAUAUGUUUGGUACUUUUUAGUCUUUUUUAUUUGUGUACGCCAGACAUGAAUGAGUAGCAAUGCACUAUCAAGACUGAAGCCAUGUUGUUAACAAAUGUCUCUCUAAUUAUUUAUGGUAACAAUUACAUGUAUAGAAAUGUGACAGCUGGCUCCUCUUCCUUUGUCAACCAGAUGAGAUCAACAUUAUUUAGAGGG